CUGCAUCCCAGAGUCUUCAAUCAAACCGAGUCAAGGGAUUCAGGUUCGCUGAAGAACUCCACAUUCCCAACUUCAUCGCUUCGUUUCAGCCAUUGAGCCUCGGUUUGCGGGAGAUCGCGGUGAUACCAUGUCCACUGGUUCCCUUAGCGAUGCAGAAGAGCUGCAGGAAAUGGAAGUGCUGGGCACAGAGGAGGAGUGCGACGGGAUAAAGAGGAAAUCGAGCAAGGAAUUCUGCACCUCCAACGACAGCAACGAAGAUAGCGCCAGCUGUGAACAUGACUCGCCCAGAAAGGGCAGAGGGGCUUCGGGAAAGAGGCGCAAAACGGCUGCCAAGAAAUCCCCGAUGAAUGGGGUGACCCAGGAAGGGAAACAGGUCCAACGCAAUGCAGCCAACGCCAGGGAGAGAGCCAGGAUGAGAGUGCUGAGUAAAGCUUUCUCCAGACUCAAAACCACGCUGCCCUGGGUUCCCCCAGACACCAAACUCUCCAAGCUCGACACCCUCAGGCUGGCAUCCAGCUACAUUGCUCAUCUGAGGCAGAUCCUAGCUAACGACAAGUAUGAGAACAGCUACAUUCACCCAGUCAACCUGACGUGGCCAUUUAUGGUGGCUGGGAAACCAGAGGCUGAGCUUAAAGAGGUGGUUAAUGCUGCUCGUUUGUGUGGGACUACAGCGUCGUGACUGGAACUGACAGAAAAAUAACAAUAAAAAGACAUGACAAAGCCAAAAGAACACAUUCAACGCGCAAAAAAAAAAUACCCCCAAAACGUUUAACUAAGAAGAGCCGAGCAGAUCGAUCCGAUUGCUUUAAUCAUUCCAAACCUGGGCUACUUAAAAGAGUGUGUUCUUACGCUCUCACCAUCCUAACCGGUUGCAGUACUUUGCUGGUCAAAGUACCAAAGGGAUUGCUUUCUGUGCCUUCCUCACAAUGUUGUGCUGUAAGGUAAUGUAGGUGCGUUGAUUCUCAGAGUUGACUUUGAUAGCCACUCGCUGUGUAAGGAAACCUCUUAUUAAAAGAUAUAUAUUUUCUUUAA